AUGUCUGCGAAUAGCAUCAAGGUCGUGGCCCGGUUCCGGCCCCAAAACCGGAUCGAACUCGAGUCGGGCGGAAAGCCCAUCGUCUCCUUCAGCUCGGAGGAUUCAUGUUCUAUCGACUCCAAAGACGCCCAAGGAGGGUUUACCUUCGAUAGAGUGUUCGACAUGUCGUGUAAGCAGCAGGAUAUCUUCGAUUUCUCCAUUCGACCCACAGUCGACGACAUCCUGAACGGCUACAACGGAACCGUCUUCGCCUAUGGUCAGACUGGUGCCGGUAAAUCGUACACCAUGAUGGGCACCAACAUCGACGACGAGGAAGGACGCGGCGUCAUCCCACGAAUUGUCGAGCAGAUUUUUGCUAGCAUCAUGUCGAGCCCCAGCACAAUAGAAUACACCGUCCGUGUCAGCUACAUGGAGAUUUACAUGGAAAGAAUUCGAGAUCUUUUGGCCCCCCAGAACGACAACCUACCCGUCCACGAGGAGAAGAAUCGUGGCGUCUACGUCAAGGGCUUGCUUGAAAUCUACGUAUCGAGCGUCCUUGAAGUCUACGAGGUCAUGAGGAGGGGAGGAAAUGCCAGAGCUGUGGCCGCCACCAACAUGAACCAGGAGUCCUCACGAUCGCACUCCAUUUUCGUCAUUACCGUCACCCAGAAAAACGUCGAGACAGGUUCGGCAAAGAGCGGCCAGCUCUUCUUGGUCGACUUGGCUGGCAGUGAAAAAGUGGGAAAGACGGGCGCCAGUGGACAAACGCUCGAAGAAGCCAAGAAGAUCAACAAGAGUUUGAGUGCCUUGGGCAUGGUCAUCAAUGCCUUGACCGAUGGCAAAUCAUCUCACGUCCCCUACCGAGACUCCAAAUUGACGAGAAUCUUGCAAGAAUCGUUGGGUGGCAACAGCCGGACGACCCUUAUCAUCAACUGCUCCCCAAGUAGUUACAACGACGCCGAGACCCUGAGCACACUACGCUUUGGCACAAGAGCAAAGUCCAUCAAGAACAAGGCAAAGGUCAAUGCCGAACUCAGCCCUGCCGAGCUCAAGCUGCUGCUCAAGAAGGCCCAAGGUCAAGUCACAAAUUUCGAGAACUAUAUUUCGACGCUGGAAGGGGAAGUCCAGCUGUGGCGUUCUGGAGAAUCGGUUCCCAAGGACAAAUGGGCACAGCCUGGCGACAUUGCUGCUGUUGGCGCAAGGACGGAGCCCAGGACCCCCCGACCAUCCACCCCCUCUAGAUUGACAGCUGAGAGCCGAGCAGAAACUCCUGUUGCUACUGACCGCGCUUCUACUCCGAGUCUGACACUGGAAAAGGAUGAACGCGAGGAGUUCUUGCGCCGCGAAAAUGAGCUCCAAGAUCAGCUGGCCGAGAAGGAAUCCCAGGCGACGAUGGCCGAGAAGACCUUGCGCGAGACCAAGGAGGAGUUGAGCUAUCUCAAGGAGCACGACAGCAAACUGGGUAAAGAGAACGAGCGGCUUACAACGGAGACGAAUGAGUUCAAGAUGCAACUUGAGCGGUUGACGUUCGAGAGCAAGGAGGCGCAGAUUACUAUGGAUGCCCUGAAAGAGGCCAACUCAGAACUGACGACGGAAUUAGAUGAUGUGAAGCAGCAGCUGCUUGACAUCAAGAUGAACGCCAAGGAGACAGGUGCAGCCUUUGAUGAAAAGGAGAAACGCAAGGCCGAAAAGAUGGCCAAGAUGAUGGCUGGCUUUGAUCUUGGUGGAGAUGUGUUCAGCGAAAACGAGCGAUGCAUUAGCGAAGCUAUUCAGCACAUUGAGAAGUUACACGAGAUCAGCGCGGUGGGCAACAACAUUGCCCCCGACGAGUUCAAAGACCUUCGCGUCAAGCUUUUGGAGACACAGGGGAUUGUCAGACAGGCAGAAUUAUCCAUGUUUGGCUCUUCAUCUAGCGAAAUGGACUCUCGGAGGAGGCACGAACUGGAAGAGAGGCUGAAGGUCAUGCAGCAGCAGUACGAAGAUUUGCUCACAAAGAACCUGAGCGAGAGCGAUGUUGAAGAGGUCAAGUCCCGCCUGGAACACGCCUAUGCCAACCGACAGACAGCCCAGGUCGAGCUCAUCGAGGAGUUGAAGGCUGACGCCGCCCAGAAGGCGGCUGAGAACUCGAGGAUGAAGACGUUGAUCGAGGACCUUCAGCAGCAGGUAAAGACGGGCAGCGGCACCACGCCUGCGACCAACGGCAAGACUAUCCAGCAACAGAUUGCCGAGUUUGAUGUCAUGAAGAAGAGCCUCAUGCGAGACUUGCAGAACCGCUGCGAGCGUGUUGUUGAGCUGGAGAUCUCGCUAGAUGAGACUCGUGAGCAGUACAACAAUGUGCUUCGAUCGUCCAACAAUCGAGCACAGCAGAAGAAGAUGGCCUUUUUGGAGAGAAAUCUCGAACAGCUUACACAGGUCCAGCGCCAGCUCGUUGAGCAGAACUCUGCUCUUAAGAAGGAGGUUGCCAUUGCGGAGCGUAAGCUCAUUGCGAGAAACGAGCGCAUUCAGAGCCUGGAAAGCUUGCUGCAAGACAGCCAGGAGAAGAUGGCAGCCGCCAAUCACAAGUUCGAGGUUCAACUCGCCUCCGUCAAAGAGCGUCUCGAGGCAGCCAAAGCCGGCAGCACAAAGGGCCUCAACGCCACCGGCGGCGGCUUCAGCUUCUCUGCUGCCGGCAGCCGCAUCGCCAAACCUCUCCGUGGCGGCGGAGGCGACGGGCCCAACGUCCCUACCAUCCAGUCGCUGCAGAACGAGGGCACCAACAACAAGCGCAGCAGCUGGUUUUUCAACAAGUCGUAG